GAGAAAGGAGAAGCGCGCUUUGGUUAAAGCGACUUUUAAAGUUUUGUCUUUGUUUCAACGCGAGCAAGAAGGAUAGAAUGAUGUGUUUAAAGCGCUCGAAUCAAAUUCAACCUCCGAGUCACGGUUUUAUUCGAAUAACACGGAAUUCAAAAAAUUCGAUCAUUAACUAAACUUUAUAUUAUAUUUAACGGACCGAACACUCGUUUUGCGCGUUCGCUCACAUACGCGGCUCGAAAGGGAUCGAAAAAUAGAGUAAAAGACAAGCGGCGACAUAUGGCAUGUUGCCGGAAUUUUUUAUGCAAUCGCGCGCAUGCGUUUUAAAUUUGUUUUAGGGAAAAUUUCUAAUGACGCGCGCACAUACGUAUAUUGCGCGUAUGUAUACUACACGUUGUUAUACAUGUUGUUGUCGUGCAUACAUUGUUGCACAAAGCGGCAAAUUUAAGUAAACAAUGAAAAUUUGAUAAUGAAGAAACUCCUCGUGUGCUUCGACAAAUAUGAAAGUUACUUGUAUAUUUUUGUGUGGUCAUACGCCGUCAUUUACUCCGUGUACGAAUUUUCUUUGACAAGAAAUUAUUUUGAUGAUUAUUACGACGAAUACGGAGAUUUCGAUUCCGGAUGGACGUGGAUCGGAAGAAAGCGAGAUAUUUCAGAUUUAGAGUGGCGUGUGUGGCUUGCGUUAGUAUGGAGACUGAUACCUUGUGUUCUUGUACAUAAUUUUGUUAGUCAGUACAUCAAAGUCAACAGCAGCAAAACUACAGUGUUAUGUUGUUGGUACAUUUUGUCAUCUCUAGCUUUUACCUGUUAUCACUUAGGUGUAUGGAGUAUGUUGUAUCUGAUUUUGCAUCCUACUUGUUUACAUAUACUGACAUGUGUAUGCGGCAAGAAUUUAAUAUGGUUUACACAUGUUUUAUAUCUGUUUGUAAUACACGUCUUAAAAAUACCUGAUGGUGCUUUCCAAACCUGGCUGGAGCUCAGUGACGAGCAACAUUGCACUUUGACAAUUGCAAUGUGUUGGACACAUUUAAGAAGUAUCAGUCACAAUAUAGAUAGCAAUGAAAAAUAUCACUUACACAGUUCAUACGGGUUUAUUCAGAAAUUAGCAUAUUGUCUAUACUUGCCUACAUUAUUUUUGGGACCACUUACUUUGUAUCAUGAAUUUGUAGACUCUAUUGAUAGAUCGCAUCAUUACUGGACUUGGAAAGAACUGCGAACAUUCGCAAUAAAUUUAAGUAGAUGCAUAUUUUGGUUGUAUCUCACUGAACUGUUGUUGCAUUUUGUUUACGUAAAUGCCAUACAAUAUCAUCCACAGGUUGUGCAAAAUUUGAAUCCUUGGGCAUUGUAUGGUUUAGGAUAUAGUAUGGGACAAUUUUUCCUAAAUAAAUAUGUGGUGAUAUAUGGAACUUGCGGUACUUUGAGUAAUCUAGAUAACAUUAAGGUGCCACCAAAACCGAAGUGCAUAGCUAGAAUUCAUUUGUAUUCCGACAUGUGGAAGCAUUUUGACAGAGGGUUGUACACAUUUCUUGUGAAAUAUAUUUAUAUUCCUAUACAAAAGGCAAACGUGUAUUGUGGAAGACUGAUUGCAUCAUUUUUAUGUUUCACGUUUGUCUUUCUAUGGCACGGAUUGGAACUGAAUAUUUUUACCUGGACAUUGUUCAAUUUUAUUGGACUAACAAUUGAAAGUAUAGGAAAAACAAUAGGUAGAAGCAAACAAUUUCGUGAGAUACAAAAUAUGUAUCUAUCUCCAAGAAAUUCCAAGAGACUUCAUUGCAUGUUAUCAAGUCCUCUUUUGGCAAUGUCAGCAAUAUCUAAUUUUUAUUUCUUUGGUGGACAAAUAAUCGGAGAUAUUUUUAUACAGAACAUACUUUAUGGUUCCUGGAAGGUUCUGCUAAGUCUACUAUGUUUUCUUUAUUGCUGCUGUCAAGUUUCUACGGACGUUAAAAGCUGGGAAUUGCACUGCCUCAGAAAAGCAUGAAGAAGAAAAAAAUGAAUGUGUAUGCUAGUUAAAAUUAAAAAUAUUGUAAAAAAACAAUUUCU